UUUACUUUCUUUUCUUUCCUUUAAUGAACUCGGGAGCACCUAAAAUGAAUACUUUCUUUUCCUUUCUUUCGAACUCGGGAGCACUGAAUACUUUAUUAUUUCCGUUCCCUUUCUUUUCUUUUCUCUCCUUGUUUUUCCUUUCUUUCUUUUCUUUCCUAAAUGAACUGGGGAAGGGUGUAAUACAUCCGUCUUUCCGUUUGGCGGCAAAAGAGUACAAUAAAUAGGGUUCCUCAAAUCGAUCACUCACAUCCAGCAAAAUUUCUUUACUGAACUCUUUCGAGUUCGACUGUAGUCCGUGUAAAAUGAUCGUUUGAUUAGGGCAUGGUCGGUUUAAGAUGUGAUUAUCUACAAUGGACCGUACAGUUGUUUCAACGGAAGGCAAUGGAGCAGCUUCAUCGGCCAUGGUAUCUCCAUCGAUUAAACCUAUAAACAAGAGUGCCAUCCACAAAAUCUGCGCAGGCCAAGUGAUUUUGGACCUCCCCUCCGCCGUUAAGGAACUGGUCGAGAACAGCUUGGACGCCGGCUCCACUAGCAUUGAGAUUGCCCUAAAGGAAUACGGCGAAGAAUCGUUUCAGGUCAUUGAUAAUGGCUGCGGCAUUUCGCCAGACAAUUUUAAGGUUCUAGCGCUUAAGCAUCAUACGUCGAAAUUAGCGGAUUUUUCUGAUCUUCAAUCGGUGACGACUUUCGGCUUUAGAGGGGAAGCUCUCAGUGCUCUGUGUUACCUGGGAGAUUUAACAGUCGAAACAAGAACGAAAAGCGAGCAAGUUGCGACGCACUUGACAUUUGGCCGUUCUGGUUUGCUUACUGAUGAGAAAAAGACGGCGCGCCAAGUUGGUACCACUGUUACUGUGAAGAAGCUGUUCUCCAACCUGCCAGUGCGAAGCAAAGAGUUUCACCGCAACAUUCGGAAGGAGUAUGGAAAGUUGAUUUCACUAUUGAAUGCAUAUGCUCUUACUGCAAAAGGGGUUCGGAUGGUUUGUACAAAUACGACUGGAGCAAACAAAACCUCUGUAGUACUUAAAACACAGGGAAGCGGUUCACUCAAAGAUAACAUCAUUACAGUGUUUGGCAUGAGCACUUUUAACUGCUUAGAACCUAUGAGUCUAGUUAUAUCAGAUUCCUGCAAGGUGGAUGGGUUUCUUUCUAAGUCGGGCAAUGGCAGUGGAAGAAAUAUAGGUGACAGACAGUAUUUUUUUAUAAAUGGCCGACCUGUUGACAUGCCAAAAGUCACCAAGCUUCUGAACGAAUUGUAUAGAUCUGCAAACUCAAAGCAAUAUCCAAUCGCAAUCAUGAAUUUUAUUGUUCCAACCAAGGUGUACGAUGUCAAUGUGACACCAGACAAAAGAAAAGUCUUUUUCUCUGAUGAAGGCUCUCUUUUGAAGUCCUUAAAAGAAGCUUUGUUGGAGAUCUAUUCCCCACAUCUUGCUAGCUUUUCAGUACAGGGACCUGAGGAGCUCACUCAGGGACGAAACAACUCAAAGUUGUGUUCUCCUCAUGAUAAGUCUUUUUCACAGUUUUCAUUAAAGCAAGCAUCGCCUGAUAGCAAACAAGAAGCAUACAGUGAGAAGCAACAUGUAGAAGUUGACACUGAUAUGAAUGAAUGUGAAGAGACAUUGAGAUCCUCACCUGCUGUUAAACCGAUGAAUGUGGAUGAUUAUAGUUUAUCAAAGACAGACUUCACACUUAAGUUUCAUGGCAACAUCAUACAACUCAACAAUGCAGAAAGGAACAGAUUCACCUCAUUCUGCAGCAAUACUUUAUCUGAGGUCCCUGUUCUUAGAAAUGGGCCUAACCUUCAUCAAUCAGAUGAUGAAUUAGAUGUCUCUCCUAUUAAAGUCAUGAAAAACUCUGGACAAGUUGAAGAGGAUGAUGAAUUAGAUGUCUCUCCUAUUGAAGUCAUGAAAAACUCGGGACAAGGCGAAGAGGUAAUAGAUAUUUCUAGUCCGUUACGAUGUUCUCAGCCAGCUUCAGGUUCAGAUGAUGGACAUGGACUGGAAGUAAUAGAUAUUUGUUCAGAUGAGGCAGUGGCUUCUUCUCCUUCAAAGAUGUGUUACACCAUGCAGUUUAGUUUUGAGGAGUUAAAGAAGAGGAGGCAUCAAAAACUUUGGGCAUUGCAGGCUAGCAAAAAUACACCUGGAAAACGGAAUAAGGCUAAAGGAUGCUAUGCUGCUGCAACAUUAAAGCUUUCUCAAGUGGUAAAAGAGGAGGCCAAGGCACAGGCUUUGUCUGCAGCAACAAAUGAGUUUGAAAAGCUGUUCAAAAAACAAGAUUUUGGGCGUAUGAAGGUGAUUGGGCAGUUCAAUCUUGGAUUUAUCAUUGGCAAGUUGGAUGAAGAGCUGUUUAUCGUGGAUCAGCAUGCUGCAGAUGAGAAAUACAAUUAUGAGCGUUUGUCACGGCUGACCAUCUUGAACCAACAACCGUUGCUGAGGCCGGUGGCAGUGGAGUUGAGUCCUGAAGAAGAAGUGAUCGUUUCAAUGCACAUGGAUACCAUCAGGAAAAAUGGGUUUUCGUUGGAGGAGGAUUUGGAUGCUCCUCCUGGGCAGCGUUAUAAAAUGAAAGCCGUCCCCUUCAGUAAGAACAUAACUUUUGGUGUUGCAGACGUUAAGGAACUGAUAUCUAUCCUGGCGGAUAGUCAAGGAGAAUGCUCAAUGAUGGGUGCAUAUAAGAUGGACACGUGUGACUCCGUUUGCCCCCCAAGAGUGCGUGCAAUGCUAGCAUCACGUGCCUGUAGAUCUUCUGUUAUGAUUGGAGAUCCACUUGGAAGAAACGAGAUGAAAAAGAUAGUUGAGCGUUUGAUGGAUCUAAAAUCUCCAUGGAAUUGUCCACAUGGUAGACCCACUAUGCGUCACUUGCUAGACCUAACAACUCUGCGUAAAUGCGAUUCAGCCAUGAGACUAAUCAUCAUGUAA